AUGUUGCGGCGCAGCGCCGCGCCCUCCGGCUGGGGGGGGGCCCGCGUGUUCGCGGCUGGCACGGACGGCACCCUGUCCAUGUGGAAGCCCGCCGACCUGAGGUCCAGUCCUUCCAGGCUGGAGACGGCUGGCAGGGACCGGCACCUUCGCGCGAUCACUGCGCUGGUGGUCGACGGCAGCGACGGGCUCCACGUCUUGCUGGGCCACGACGACGGCAGCGUGGCCGUGGUCGACGCCAGGCUCAACGUCGUGAUCAAGACGGUGGCAGGGACCGGCCGCGUGACCUCGCUCGCGUUCAGUGGCAGUCGCAUGCAGAUGGUGCGGGGAAUUAAAAGCGGAGGCUUGGAGUGGUGGGACAUCAAUUUGGAUUUAGCAGUCGCGCAGCUCCAGGGCCACAGCGACGCCGUCACUGGCCUGGAGGCGCACUGGGACAGCGAGCGCUUGGCCUCCGCCUCGCGCGACGGGACACAUGUUCGCUGA